UGCUAUUAUUGUUUACUAUUUGCCCUCAAACGUCAGCUGUCAGUGUCAAAUCGAAAUGCCAUCGGCGGCGCAGAAAAACACGAUUAGUGCAUCACGGCGUUCGAUGGGACGUUCGCGUAAACAUCAAUUUCGUCGCUUUCUUGUGCAACCCCGUCUUCCCUUCUGGGGACCGACCAUAAUGUAAACAACUGCCUGUCAACCAUCCGUCACUACGGGAGGCGAUAGCAUAAACAAAGCGCAUUUUUUCCUUUUCUCUGCGCUGAAAAGUUGGUGUUUCGUAGCCAUCUUGAAUCGCAAUUUUUCACCAUGGACCAGUUUUUGCCAGAAGUACCUGGCAAUGAUCCGACUCAGUUUUGCCGGCUGUGUUUCUCGCAGGAAAACAUCCACUGGGUCAUACGGACGUGUGGCACCGAGGUGGACCUGCCCUUCGUGAACACCAUCGGGGAAUGUUUGGGCAUAUGGUUGAGCCUGGAGGAAGACUUUCCGUAUGCCGUUUGUCUGCUGUGCACCAAACGGCUGGAGGGAAUCCUGGAAUUCCGGGAAACCAGUCGGCGAUGUGACGAAGCGCUGAAGGCCAAACGGCGCGAGGAUCCGAACGCGAUGGUGCUGUUCUACGACUACCCGGAGGACAAGGUGUUCAUCAAUGGGUCCGAUAAGCCGGGAUUUUUUCAGGACGAUCCAGAUUUCGAUACGGAAGUUAUCGUUCCGGAAGUGAUUGUAGGAGACGAAAAGGAAGAAGAGGAAGCUCCUGUCGAGGAGGUCGUGCCGCAAAUUCGGAUGAGCCAAGCGGAGAAACAGCUGGCGCUGCAGAACUACAUGAAAUCCUACCUACGGUGGUCGUCGGAAAUCGAGCGCAAAAAAGACGACGACGAAGCGACAGUUGUCGCCCCGGAAGCCCAGGACCAUGACAACCUCCCGGAACUGAGCGUCCUGAGUGAGAAGUACGUAAAUCCAGACAGACUAACGCCACCGCCUCUGAAGAAGCUGGUUCCACUCAGCCGAUACAGCUGUUGCUUCUGCCAGCAAUCGUUCCGGACCAAGAAUAUUCUCCAGGGCCACAAAACUGCCGUUCACGCCAGUACCCGGAAGAACGACUCCGAAUGUCUGGACUGUGGACAGGUGUUUCUGACCGUCAAUCAGAUGAAGAUGCAUGCCGUUCGGCAUAGGCGUGAUCUACUCAUCAGCUGCAAAACGUGCGGAAUCCAGUUCUUGACAGACAACGAGCUCAAGGCGCACCUGAAGAACAACGGCUGCCGGAUGAUGGCAUUUGGCAAGUGCAAGUACUGCGAUAGGAUCUUCUCCCGCCGGGGUCGAUACAUCUUCCACCUCAAGAAGCUCCAUCCGGACAAACCACUUCCAACACCGGAUGAAUCUCCCAGGAAUCGUUCCAAAUCCGGCACUCCAGAAAACAGUCCACCAGUCGAGAAGGACGGUCGCUUCGUCGUCAUGUUGGACCCUCUCCCAGAUGAAAUCCUUGAAGCUUGCCGGGAAACAAUCCGAGAGAAGCUUGUAUGCACCCUCUGCUACGAACAGUUUGACGACCUUCCCAGCUACAAUAGCCACGUGCCGGAGUGUUUAACCCACCACGACGAUAACACAGGAACAUCACCUCCGCCGCCGUAUAAACUGUGCGAAUGCGAAGUCUGUACGGCGAUAUUCGAAGCCAUCGAUCCCUUCGUCGAGCAUCUGCGAGAACACGAGCAACCCCUGCAAAUCAAACCGCACGAUUGUGUCCAAUGCAGCGGGCGGAAGCCGAAGUUCCUGAGGCACCCACAUAGUCCCUCGAUGAUUCUGGGCGAUUAGUUCGGAUUUUGGUCUAAGCAUCCUUCUCUCUGGAACGUAAUUCUCAUCGUUAUUAGUGUUUAAUGUUAGUAUUAGAACACCCUCAGUCAGUGCAAACGGAAGCUUACGGCUGAGCUUAAGCUAGUGAGGCACCUUUUUAUGCGAUCAUAUCGUUUCCUUUCGUUCAUUUUUAUUUAAUUUGAGAAUAAACUAAUUAGUGCAAUUCUGUCA